UGGCAACAAAAUUUAGGAAUGGAGUAGAGAUGGUUUGGUUCCGUGUCAAAAUAUUUUUGUUUUGUUGGUUAUAAUAUUCACAAAAAACAGCUAAUAAAGUGCAUAAUUUCUCACUGUAAAGAUUCUUAGAAGUUAUCCUACGGCAAAUAAAUGUGUACGAGUGCAUCAGUUGUCAUGUUUAAGCAGUUACUUUUUCAUAGAUCUUGGUGGUAGUCAUGUCAGAGUGUGCGCUGGUAGCCACAGUAAAUGAACACGAUGCCAGCAUGGAUGUGGGCAACGAUAAAUCUCUCUUCGAACCUACUAUUGAUAUGAUGGUAAAUGACUUCGAUGACGAGAGAACAUUAGAUGAAGAAGAAGCCUUGGCUGCUGGUGAGCAUCAGGAUCCCAAGGCAGAACUCAAUAGCCUACAACGAGAAGGUGAUAUGCCUUUAGAAGAACUACUCGCAUUAUACGGUUACAACAAGAAAAUGGAUAAAGUAGUACAAGAAGAACAGCCAGAAGUGGUUCCAGAAGAAAAUGGUAAAACGGAGUCUGCUCUCCAACAGUUAUACACAGAAACUACGAGCCCUGAAGCGACGCGUUGUUUGAGAUCUGGCUCUAGACCUCCUUCAGAAGAAGAAGAUGACUAUGACUAUAGUCCAGAUGAAGAUGAUUGGAAAAAAACUAUCAUGGUCGGUAGCGAUUACCAAGCAGGGAUUCCUGAGGGGCUUUGUAGCUAUGAUGAUGCCUUACCUUAUGAGAAUGAAGACAAAUUGCUUUGGAACCCCAGUGUACUUGAUGAGAAAGAAAUUGAAGAAUACAUGAGAACAAUCUGUGCUAUGAAUUCUGGAACUGGUGUAGAUGCUGUACCAAGAGGUAGGCAACUGCGUGAUGACGAGGAAGCCUUAUUUUUACUGCAACAGUGUGGACACAAUGUUGAAGAAGCUCUCAGAAGGCGGAGAAUUUCUGCUCAAGCACCUUCCCAUGCCAGUGUGUGGUCAGAAGAGGAAUGUAGGAAUUUUGAAAGUGGAAUAAAAAUGCACGGCAAAGAUUUCCACCAAAUACACCAACAGAAGGUAAGAACUCGGUCAGUAGGUGAAUUAGUACAAUUUUAUUAUAUUUGGAAGAAAACUGAGAGACAUGAUAUAUUUGCCAAUAAAACUCGUUUAGAAAAGAAAAAGUACACCCUUCAUCCUGGCCACACGGAUUAUAUGGAUAGGUUCUUAGAGGAACAAGAAGUAACAGGGCCGAGUAUGGUCAGGCCUGUGUCACCGACUAUGAUGGUCUCACCUAUGAUGGUAUGUUCACAGCCCGAUCCAUUAGCUCUUGGUGAGAAGGAAGUGUUUUCCCAGUUAAAUUCUCAUACUUCUCCUCCAAGAAAAAAUGUUAAUGAGGAACCUGAACCAGAAACAAUUUCCUAAUACAAGCAUUUUAGGUCAUGUCAAAAUACAGAAUGGCAUGAGUGCUUUUGAUAUUAUACUAAAUAAAAGUGUUUUUUCAAUAGGAAGCCUUCAUUCAUAAUGAAAAAUCUGAAGCUAACCUAUAUUUUGCUUAGUCUAUGAGCUAACAUAGAAUUGUUCAAAUCCUAUGAUUACUGGUUGUUGGUUGUGCCUAGUGAAAAGACACAUCUAAAGAAUGGUAAAUGUAAGCAAAGUGAUUUCUUUUAAACAUAUUAUUUAUAAAUAUAUUUUUAUAAAUUUGACCUCAUAUCUUAAAGUAGUAAAUAGUGCAAUGUAAAUAUAUAUAAAUAGAGGCAUUCGACAUAAUAUAAUGGAUAAGACAGGUUGUUAUAUUUCAUGAAUUUUGAUUUAUGAGUAAACAAUAUGAAUUCAAAAUUGAAUGUUACAAUUAAUAUGAAUGAGGAUUCUAAUUUUUGACAAACUGUAGGACACAUAAAGGGCUGGAAAAUUCAGUUAAAGGUAUUCAAUUCAUAAAACUUUGGUAAAAAAUGAGAUACUUUGUCAAAUACAAAUCACAAUGUUUUACCUUAACCGCAAUAGCUUUGUAUGUACCUAUGCCUAAUGGUCAAUACUCACUAUCGGUAUUACUCAAUAGUAGAUACUCCAAAUUGAGUAAAAAUGAUUGUGUGGACCACAAAAAUUACAACUCAAAGGCUCGCAUAAAGCCGGCUUGAUGGAAUUUAAAAAAUCAAAUUUCCAUCUAGCUUACUCGACACGAGUAAGAGUUGACACAGUUACACUAUCGAGCAAAACUGUAUGUGAGUACUUAGCAUUAGUUUUUAUUAUUCCUAGUGUAAAGCAGUAUAAUAUUAUGUUCCAUAAUGGCCGUGUAGUACAGUAUUUUAGUUGUAAAGCUAACUUAAAAGUUGAUGUAACCUUUUAAAUAUAAAUUUAGUUUAGAUUUUUAGUUUUAACUAUAUCUGACGUAAUAUUAUCGUGUAUUUACAUAAUAUGAGUAAUUCUAAGCCAUUUUUCUAUCUAUUUAUAUAUCUUAUAUUUUUAAGUACUUCUUUUCUAUCUUAAUUUUGAAUAUUAGGUAUAAUUUUAUUAGUAAUAACAAAUCUGUUAAAAUAUUCCUGCUAUAAAAAUGUGAAUAUAAGUGGCAUUUAUGUUUAUUAAAACGACCAUGGGUAAAUAUUGAGAUAUGGCACUGAAAGUCAUAAAAAUGUUUUGAAGUUCUGUGUCUCCUCUCCUAGGUUCGAGCUAUAGCAUGGUUUGCAAUUAAGGAAAACAGAAUCACAUUAUAAUAUUUUGUCCAUAUUUUCAGAAACAAAGUGAUCUAUUCAUUCUAAUAUUAUAAAAAGAUAAUAUGUUAAAAUAAAGCUAAAGCUAGGGUAAGACAUUAAUUUAUUUGCUAAUAAUAACUCUGAAUACUUAAUU